AUGGACGGAGGGAAGCUCAAGGACGUGUUCGAGCCGUCAACCAUCACAAACCCUCCCUUCCUCCUCAAGACGGGUGCCGACGGCUCCGAGCCGACUUUGGAGCACCAUCCCGAGGCCAAACUCGAGAUCUGGACGGACCACUUCAGGGCGCUCCUUCAGCAGCCGCCGCCGCCCAAUGUCCCCAAGCCUUGGCUCAACUCGAGCGCCCCGCUGGACCCCAACGUGUCUACUGACAAGGAGGCAAUGCCCGCCCUUCCUCGGUCCGGCUGGGAGAAGUGGGCUUUAGCUCACGCUUGCGACGAGUUCCUCGAGAUUGUGGUCAGUCUCGCCAACAGCAUUGUGCGCCUGAAAUACUUCCCCCCUGCUCUCAAGGAGGCUUACAUUACCCCACUGCAUAAGAGGGGUGUUGUUGUCGACCCGAAGAACUACAGGGGCAUAUGCUUGUCCAACGUCCUGUACCAAGCAAUCUCUUCUUGGUUUGGUUCUUCGCUCCAGAGCCACAUCCAUGAGAAGGGCCUGCUGUCCCCAACUCAGGCAGCCUGCCAAGAGGGCCGGACGCUGUUCGUGCUGAAACGGGACCACGUCCAAGGAUUCGACCGACUGGACCAAUCCGCUUUUGAGGACGCCUUGGCGUACUUCGGAUUCGAUCCAGAUAUCAUUGAAUUCGAACGAGCAAGGCUGAGAGAUUGCCGCAUUCGCGUGAAGAGUCAAGAUGGCAUUUGCGAAGAGUCGUUCCUCACCUCCGGGCAAACCCGGCAAGGCGACGCCUGCCCCUCGUUACGUUACGCGUUCAGCAUAGCUCUACUUCUGGUGAAAGCGUUCACCGGAGCUGCACGGCACUUCCCGCCAAUCGGGACGAUGAGCUCGGCAUUGCAAACCAUUCAUGACGAUCCCAAGUUCUCAAAGGUCGUUUUGAGACUGCUCGAGGCGACCGACGACAGUUUGAUCGUCGCCAGGUCGUGGAAUUCCCUCGGCGAGCUGACAAAGCUGGCGGAGGCGUUCCAAUAUGCGUACAACAUCGUGACCAAUUGGGGGAACGCCGAAAAGACGGUCGCCUUUACAUUGGGAAAGGCUCCUCCAGAUGCUCCGCAGAGCAUCGAGAUCGACGUUUCCUCGACUCGGGCGGCCAUGACUCGGAUCGUUGAUAUCAUAAACAACUUUCCGCUGGCGCACAUGGACCGCCUUCCCAUCUCUCUCAUCCGCCGGGUUGUUUCAGGGGUCCUCAUGCCCAAGAUCCGAGGGCUGUUGAGCGUACAUCCCCUGCCCCUGCAUAUGGCAGAAGAGAUCGACCUCGUUCUUGCGGCCAAGAUCAGCGCAGCGCUCGGUGUUGAGUUCAGGAGGAGCGCCAUGCUGUUCCUGCCCCUAGAUCAGCUGGGGUUUGGCCUCCCCUCCGCUCUCCGCAUCAACGGCCAGCUCGUCUUGGACGCGAUUCUCAGGGCCUGCAACCACCCCCUCUGGCCUUUCAAACAGAUAGCCCAUAUCACGUCGCUCAACUGGGGAUGCUGUAGCAACGACUGCCGACAUUCGGCUUCCUUGCUCGUUCUCCAGCAGGAACGAUGGGCUAAUGGACCGCGGCUGGUACCUCAGUCGUGGGAGGCAGCGAGGGAAUACGCGGCGCUGGGAGAGUUUGAGCUGGUUGGUACCCAGAGGGACACUUUGGUGGACAACAUUCCCACUAUCUGCGUAGCCAACGCAGCCAAGCGGGUCGCCAAGAACAAGCCCGACCUCCUGUUCACCCAGGAGCUGCUGCAAUGCGAACCAGAUUGGGAAAGCAAGAACAAGCCCGACCUCCUGUUCAUCCAGGAGCUGCUGCAAUGCGAACCAGAUUGGGAAAGCCAGCCUUUCGUUCAAUGGAGGGACAACGUCCUGAACGCCCUUCGGCCGCCCGUCAACGCCAAGUUCGAGACACUCGUCAUGUUUGACAAGGCCAAAGUGGCAGCGUUCAAGCGCUGGGCGAACGACUUCCGUUUGACAGAACUCCAUGGGUCCCACGACUCUGUUCUGGCCGAUGGCUCGACGAGGCGUGCCUCCUAUGCCGAGUCAGUAUCCACUGCCUCGCAGGAUGGGCCAUCCUCACCUGUUCGAUAUGGCACGGACGGCAGCCAUUGUCAGCUCGACAAGAACAAGUUCUCGACGACGGCAGCGGUCGUCGGCACAGCCACUGGCGCCAUACAGCUCUCAAACGUGCAGUUCACGACGCCUCUGCACGGCGAGAUGAUGGCCGUGGUGGCCGCUCUCCAACAUCUACGUGACCACCUCCGCGAAGCAAAGGAGGCCGUGAUUGUCACAGGUAGCCUGAACACUAUCGCGACGAUUCGCGACCUCUUGGAAGGCGGGCCCUUCUCCCCUGGGCAUAUUGGCAAGUCGCGGCCGGCCGCCGAGGUUUGGCGCUGGCUCGUACAGGAAAUCGAGCAGAUGCAGGCGGACAAACUCGCCAAGAGGGCCCACGGCUUCCCUGGUGUCGUUGAUCUUCCACCCUUGACGGGAUGGAUGAGCACUGUGGUCGCAUGGUCCCCUGAGUACGGCUUCAUCGCCGACAACUGGCGACCGCUCCUGGAGAAGAAGCUGCGGCUGUACCAAUGGCAGUGUCUUCCUGCGAAACACAUGGCGGGCCCUGACUCGACGCCAGUCCACGUCUCGCCGCACUUCUACUUCAGCGAUCCUAAGGGGGUGGUUGCCCGAACGCAACUUCUCACGCGGCUGCACAUCUUCCCCACCGGCCACAUCAGACCAGCACCUCUUCGGCGUCUGCCCAAAGUUCAAGCCAAUACGCAGCCAUUGGAUCUUAAGGGCGUCCAGCGGGAGAAGGCAGGCGGCUCUGGUAACCCGACUGGUCGGAGCCGGAGGGGCAAAGUCGGAGCUGCGGCGACCGAGGCGCUAGAGUCACAAGGCGCCGAAGACGUUCAACAGGCCGAGUCACGACACGUGGACAACUCGGAGGCUCCGGAAGAGCUUAUGGCGGUGGAUGAGCCUCAAGAACAAGACCAGGCUAUGAUUCUCGAUCACCCAGCUGCUCAACCCCGAAAUGGCCGACGAGUCCUUGGGGCACAAUUGCUCAGCGAGACAGCUCCACUGGCGGAGCCACUCUUUCUCCCGGCCGAAGUAGACUCACCACUGCAAGAUUCCCCCGUCUCUGCAGCUGAUGUCGAACUUCUUGAAGCCGCUCCAACAGCGGCCACCUCGGUUCACGCUCUACCGGGGCUGUCCCGCGGCCUUCCGGCCCUCCGUCCCCUUUCUCCUCGACGCCUCAGAUUUGGCAUCUUGUCCCCAACAUCGCGUUGCGCCGCAGGCAGCUGCGUACGAACUGUCCGAGCUACUCACCCACUAUCAUUCAAAUACCGCCCAGUACACCACAAGUGCCUCAACGAUUCUUUCCAAGAGCCUCCGAAGGUCUAG